CAGUAAACCUUACUUACUGUAGGAAACCAUUUAGUGUAAAAUAAACACAUGCUAAAAUCUAAAAAAGACAACCUCAACGGUCAAACGAUGGCGCCCAAGAAGAAGGCCUCCCGCCAGAAGAAGCCCGCCGUGGAAGCCAUCCCUCAGGUUGCCGUGGAGACCGCCCCAGCCCAGCUGAAGGUGGAGCACCGCGGUGACGGUGUGGUGGUGGUGGAGAGCGGAGUGAAGAAGAUCGAGCAGAUGGCGGCGCUGGACAUCGCUCAGCUGAACAGCCUCAAUCUGCCGCUGCCGCCGCCGGUCAUCAGGCCCGGAGAGCGAGGCCUCGGCCUGGGCAGCGAGCUGACACGACCCCUGCAUGGCAACGCCCUGCUGGAGGAGCUCAGCAAGAUGCGGCAGGAGAAGUUCCUGACUGACCUGGAGUUGGCCUGUAAGACGAAAGCCUUUGACGUCCACAAGCUGGUCAUCUCCUCCAUCAGUCAGUACUUCAGAGAGAUUCUGGCCAAAGACCCGGGCAUGAAGCGCCUGGAGCUCCCCUCCCUCUCACCUCUAGGCCUGGCUAAUGUCAUUACCUUCGCCUACCUGGGUCGCGUCCACAUGUCCCUGUACACCAUCGGCUGCACCGCCUCGGCUGCCGCCACCCUGCAGAUCCCUCAGCUCCUCAAGAUGUGCACGGACUUCCUGCUGGCCGAGCUCAACGUGCAGACCUGCGUCUACAUCUGGAACAUCGCCGCCGCCUACGGCCUGGCGUCGGUGUGCGCCGCCGCCCGCCGCUUCGUCCUGGAGAACUUCGUGCAGUUCGCGGACACGCCGCUCUUCACCCAGCUGACCCUGGAGCAGAUCUCCGCCUUCCUGCAGGACGACUCGCUGCUAUUGCCUUCAGAGGUCACUGCCUUCCAGUUGGUCAUGAGGUGGCUCGACUUCGACGCCUCUCGUCAGGCUCACGCCGCCGAGCUGCUGUCCCACAUCCGCUUUGAGACGAUCCCCGCCAGCGAGCUGGUGAGCCAGAUCCAGCCGGUGCCCCGCAUGAUGAUGGACCCGCACUGUCACCGCCUGCUGGUGGACGCCAUGAACUACCACCUGCUGCCCUUCCAGCAGAACACCCUGCAGUCCCGACGCACGCAGGUCCGAGCCGGUCAGCAGACUCUGCUCACCGUCGGUGGUCGGCCGUCGCUGACUGAGAGAGCUCUCAGCCGCGAGGUGCUGUGGAGGGACCCCCGCGAAGGAGCAGCCACCUGGCGUCAUCUCACCCAGCUGCCGGCGAAGAGCUUCAACCAGUGCGUGGCUGUGAUGGACGGCUUCCUGUACGUGGCCGGAGGGGAGGACCAGAACGACGCCCGCAACCAGGCCAAGCACGCCGUCAGCACUCUCAGCAGAUAUGACCCUCGCUUCAACACCUGGCUCCACCUGGCCAGCAUGAGACAGCGCCGCACCCACUUCUCUCUGGCAGCCAGCGGUGGCCGCCUGUUCGCCAUCGGCGGCCGCAACGUGGAGGGUCUGCUGGCCACCACCGAGAGCUACCUGCCGUCCUCCAACGCCUGGCAGAUGCGCGCUCACAUGGAGGUGCCCCGCUGCUGCCACUCCAGCGCCACUCUGCUCUCUGGAGACAUCCUGGUGACCGGCGGCUACAUCAACUGCGCCUACUCCCGCUCCGUGGCGUGCUACAACGUGGACACCGACGCCUGGAGCGAGAAGGCCCCCAUGGAGACACCACGCGGCUGGCACUGCUCCGCCGCCCUCGGAGGGAAGGUGUACGUGGUCGGAGGGAGCCAGCUGGGGCCCGGCGGUGAGCGGGUGGAUGUGCUCUCCGUAGAGGUCUUCUCCCCGGAGAGCAGCAGCUGGAGCCGGGCCGCCCCUCUCCUCCUCGGUGUGAGCACCGCCGGCCUCUCCCCGCUGGCCGACAAGCUGUACCUGCUGGGCGGCUGGAACGAGGCGGAGAAGCGCUACAAGGCGGCCGUCCAGAAGUACGACCCGGCCACAGACAGCUGGUCCUUGGCGGAGGAUCUGCCCGAGCCCACGGUGGGAGUGUCCUGCUGCACCUUGACCCUGCCGCCCCGCCACGCGCCGCGCCGACAGCAGCACCGCAACACCCCGGCCCAUGAAGAGCAGCUGCAGUCCGGGAAGAACCGGAGCAGAGAGAGCAGCAUGGCUCCUUCCCAAACCAUUACGGCAUAGAGAGACAGGAUGCACGGGAGAGAGUAGAGGAGAGGAAGGCUGGUUCAACCUCUGGAGAACAUCUGGAUAAUGUUUGCUCUAUAUUGGGUUAUAUCUUGUGUCUGGAAAGGUGAAUACUUAAAAAUAAAUUUAAAUGUAUUUUCAUCUUUAAAUAACACAAAGAAUUUAGGAAAGAAUAGAAUUUUAAAAAACGACAACAAAAAAAGACAACCCUAAACAAAUUUAGAAAACAAUGCAACCUAGAAGAUAAAUAUUUUUUGUAGCAUUAUUUAACUAAAUUAUAUAAAAUUUAAAUACAUAUUUAAUAUACAUAUACAGUAUAUACAUAUAUAAUAAAAUAAAUACAUUUUAUAUUUAUAUAAAUUGAACUAUAAAAGUACUGAUAACAAUGAUUACUGAGAAUUUGAUUGGACAAAAUUCAGCCCUUUUUUUUUUAUAGAUUUACACCAUUUAGAUUUAGUGUUGGUCCUCAGUCUUUCCCAAAGGGAUUUGGGAGUUUCAAAAUCAUAUUAACUUGACAUCUGACCUCCAUUAUUAUAAUUUCCAAGAGAAAGCUGCAAAUCUAAAAUACAACCAGAUACAGAUCUAUGAAAUGUCCAUGUGCUGGUUUUGUAUGAAAGAAAGAAAAGAGAGCUUGUGUGAUCCAAAGUGGUCUCAGGAGAUUUUACAUUGAUGGAAACAGAGAAGAAAAACAUGGAUAAGGGAUGAAUUGUUUAGUUGAGCAGGUGGAGGUAGAGAAGUGAUGGAUGGAGGAGGAGGAUGAAUGAUGAAGACGGGAACAGUGGCAUGCGUUUGAGUGUGUUGAACAAACUAUUAAAAGUUUGUGUACAAAGAUGUAUCUUAGCAGUGUUUGUAGCGUUCAACUGUGAAAACAAGUGCGAGAGUGUGUGUGUGUGUGUGUGUGUGAGAGAGAGACAGAAUGACAGGAGUGUGUGUCCGUGACAGGAAUAUAAGCCAAUUCUGACAAAAAUUGCAAUAAUUAGGAUUUCUCACCAGCAAACUUUAGCAGGUUAGAAAUAAACAAACCUCAUUUAUUUGAUGGUUAUCUGUCAGAAGUAGAGUAGCGCAACUGUAACAAAAUGUAUUUAAAAAACAUAGAUGUAGUACUUAAAUAUAUGAAUAUUUUAUAAGUGCAAUGCGAGAGGGAUUACGGUGUGAACUCUACAACACAGGAGAGAUUUUAAAGGAAGUAAAAAUGUGCAAAAAUGUAUACUAAAGCGGGAAAAUCGAGAAUAUUUAUAACAUAUCUAAAAAAAAAAAAAAAUGUAGAAAAAAAUCCAAUAAUUUCAAACAAAGCCUCACCCCUGUGUUUGUUUCAAAACAUUUGAAGAUCUCUGACUGAACUAAUUUUUACUGAAACUAAGAAACUACCAACUGAAGAACCAGUGAGACGCCAGCAGGUGGAAAGACAAACUGCAAAGAGUGGCAGCUGCAUAUCGAGUUAUUGAUUAUUAUUUUUAACAUGAGAUACAAUGAGGUCAAUCUGGCUCAUCCGAUUGGAUGAAUCCCUCUAUUUGAUACUGGACGAGCUCUGAGCUGGUGGUUUCACCGAAUAAAGCCAAAGUGAUCAAAACA